UGCGCAGGAGUCUCUCGCUUUUGACGGAAUAUUUCGGACGCUGAGAAGUGAUAACCGAGCGCAGCGGGUGAUGACGUCGACGAUGUUACGCGCGAAAGGGACCCUCGGUGUUCCCCGUCGGCGAGACCCAACUUGUGCCGCCUGCCUCCCCCACCACGCCCGACGCGCUGCACGUUGGCGGACGUGUUAAUGGCAACGUAGUCGCUGGAUGCGCCGUCAGGGUGCAGCACAGAGAGAGAGACGUCGAGAGCAACGGCGCACGCGACUCAGCCCAGUCGCGACCGGCGUCUAACCGCCGAGCGCUCGCGUCAUUUCGCGUGCAAAGUCCGAGCACGUUGAGUGCGGCCGCCUCGCUGCUGCUUGCCUCUGAGCGACCAUGUCCUUCAUUCGUGCUGCUGCCUCCUCCUCCCGCGCGAUCCGAUCCCAGAUCGGUGCUUCGGCUCGUCGCCGCUACGCGACUGCCGCUGACCCGAGCAAGCCCUCAAAUCUCCCUCUUUACCUCGGUGGUGCAGGUCUUGUGGGCCUUGCGGCCUACGUCUAUAUCAACUUCAGUGCGAAGGCCGCAACAUCGAAGGCUCAGCAAAAGAGCCCGCUCGACCCCCAGAACUUUGUCGAGUUCAAACUCAAGCACGUCGAACCCUACAACCACAACACUGCCAAGUACGUCUUCGAGCUCCCCGAUGGCCAUGCGUCCCUCCUGCCCAUCGCCUCCUGCGUGGUCGUCAAGUCCGCCGAGGACUCGCCCCACCCGCUCAAUGACGAGAAGGGCAAGCCCAUCAUCCGUCCAUACACCCCCAUAUCCCCUCCUGAACAGGAGGGCGAGCUCAACUUCCUCAUCAAGCACUAUGACAACGGCAGGAUGUCCAAGUACAUAUAUGAGUUGAAGCCCGGCGAGAAGCUCGCAAUCAAGGGGCCCAUUAUGAAGAUUCCGUAUAAGAUUAACGAGCAUGACCAAGUGGGCAUGAUCGCGGGCGGUACCGGCAUCACGCCGAUGUACCAGAUCCUGGAAUACGCGCUAAAGGACCCAUCGAACAAGACCAAGUUUACACUCAUCUUCGCCAACAUCAGCGAGCGCGACAUCCUGCUCCGCGAAGAGUUUGAUGCGUUGAAGAAGGCGCACCCCGACACGUUCAACGUCAUCUACACACUUGACCAGCCCGGAUCAAACUGGAAAGGAUACAAGGGAUACGUGAACCGGGAGAUGAUCAAGCAGAACAUUGCCCCCGCGACACUCGGCGACAAGGUCAAAGUCUUCGUCUGCGGCCCGCCUGGGCAGGUGAGCGCGCUUGCGGGAAAGAAAGAUGGGAUGAAGCAGGGCACGUUGAGCGGAAUUUUGAAGGAUCUCGGGUAUACCGAGGACCAGGUAUUCAAGUUCUGAUGCCGGCGCGUUAUGCGAAGGAGCAGGCGAGAUGGACCUGGAUGCUGUAUCUUUAGACGCUGCUGUACGGUAGGACUACGUCACCAAACACUAUCUUCGCAUUCCUCAGCGUCCUGCGAGG